GAGCGCGAGCGGCGCGAGAACAAGGACAUCCGCAUCGUGCGCGAGGUUGCGAUCAACAGGCUGCUGCACCACCCACACAUCUGCAUGCUGCACGAUGUCAUAGUGCACCCAAACCAUUACUACAUUUUUCAGGAGCUGGUCUCCGGUGGCCAGAUGCUUGACUACAUUAUCAGCCACGGCCGCCUGAAGGAGAAGCACGCGCGCAAGUUUGCGCGCCAGAUCGCGUCCGCAAUUGACUACUGCCAUCACAACUCGAUCGUGCACCGCGACCUCAAGAUCGAAAACAUCCUGAUCUCGGCCAACGGAAACAUCAAGCUGAUCGACUUUGGUCUGUCCAACCUGUUCUCACCGCGCUCGCAGCUGUCGACCUUCUGCGGCUCGCUUUACUUUGCCGCGCCAGAGCUGCUGAAUGCGCAGCCGUACGUCGGCCCCGAGGUUGACCUGUGGUCAUUUGGCGUUGUGCUCUACGUGCUUGUCUGUGGAAAGGUGCCCUUCGACGACCAAUCGAUGCCGGCUCUGCACGCCAAAAUCAAGCGCGGACACGUCGAAUACCCGAGCUGGCUGAGU